CGUAUCAUACGAGAGGGAGAAAAGAAAGAUGGUGGCUUUGUUACUUUUCUUUUAAUCGGCUGUUUGUUUCCUCAGAUAAAUAUUUGUCAUCCCAUUCAAGUAAGUUACAGUUGACACAAAGCUUACAUUGUGGCUAACUGAUUGUAUCGAACUUAGCUAGCUAGCUAGCUAGCGGUGUGUAGAUUGAACAACCCAGUGAGGCCUACCAGAUCCUCGGUCUUUACUGUGGAGUCUCGACCGAAAACGAACGCACCAACAUUUACCCGGGUUCCCUCAGGAAGUGAACCGCUGCAUUUUGUUGCUCGGGAACUCUCAGAUACAAUAACAACUUAGUUCUCGAGGAAAGAUGGAAGCUCCACCUGUUACAGUGAUGCCUGUCACCGGGGGCACAAUAAAUAUGAUGGAAUACCUGCUGCAAGGCAGUGUGUUAGACCAGGCCCUGGAAAGCCUCUUGCAUCGCCUUCGAGGUCUGUGUGACAACAUGGAACCUGAGACAUUUACAGAUCAUGAACUGGUUUAUCUUCUGAAAAGCCAACAAGGAACCCCUUUCAUUCUUCGUGCCCGGCGCUCCCUCUCUCACCCCACUUCUCCAUGGCACCUACGAUACCUAGGCCAACCUGAGGUGGGCGACAAGAGCCGCCAUGCCAUGGUGCGCAACUGUGUUGAUGUGGCUGCCUCACACAGCCUGCUGGAGUUCCUCAAUGAGAUGGGGUUCCGCAUGGACCAUGAGUUUGUGGCCAACGGGCACAUAUUCCGCAAAGGUGCUAUGAAAGUUGUGGUGAGCAAGCUGUCACGCAUCCUGGUGCCAGGUAACACAGAGAACACAGAGCGUCUGUCGCUUUCAUACCUGGUGGAACUGAGUGUGUUGGCUCCUGCCGGCCAGGACACUGUGUCAGAGGACAUGCGCAGCUUUGCUGAGCAACUCAAACCCCUGGUUCACCUGGAGAAGAUUGACCCCACUAAACAGAGACAUUGAAUGAUAUCAUGUAGACGUCAAGUUAUCUCUGACUACCAUGGACAAAAUAGACCUCCUAUUCUUCUUUUUUUAAAAUGAUAUUUACAUGUUCCCAAAAAUUAAAUACAGUGCAACUUUGACUCA